AUGCAAAGCGUCGUUGAGCAACGAAGGAGCUUGUUUUCGUCUCUGAUCAGGAGGUGCUCUUCUAUUUUAAGCCUGAAGUCCCUUCACGCCCUCUUGAUCCGAGAGGGACUCGACCAAGAUGGUUUUCUGGCGAGCAAGCUUCUGCAAGCCUCCGCAGUCUCGUUCUCGGGACAUAUGGACUAUGCCCACCUGGUCUUCUCGCGGAUGCCCAAUCCCAAUCUCUUCGUUUACAACACCAUGCUUCAGGGUUACUCGAGAAGCAAUUCAGCAAUUUGCGCCAUUAGUUUGUAUAGGAGAAUCCAUGGUUCUGGCCUCCGAGGGAAUUCGUUCACGGCCGCCUUUGUUCUGAAAGUGUGUGGUCGACUGGUGAGAGUGGUAGAGGGGAACGAGAUUCGUGCGCAGGUAUUGAAGAUGGGGUUGGACUCGGAUUUGGCUGUUGCCAAUGGAAUUUUGAAGUGGGCGGUCGCCUGUGGACGGUUGGACGAGGCACGCAAAAUAUUUGAUGAAAUGGCUGAGAGGGAUCCCGCGUCUUGGAGCACAGUGAUUGCGGGCUAUUCCCAGAAUGGAAUGCCCAGGGAUGCCUUGGCGCUCUUCAGAGAGAUGCAACGCAGCUCCAUGGAAGUCGAUGGCUUCACCUUGGCUAGCGUUUUGGGUGCGUGUGCACAGCUUGGCUCUUUGGACUUGGGCAGGUGGGUUCAUGCCUAUAUUGACAAGCAUGAUGUGCCUGUUGAUGUUGUUCUUGGCACCUCGCUGGUGGAUAUGUACAGCAAGUGUGGUGGAUUGGCUGAAGCGCUGAAGGUCUUUAAUAAUAUGCCUGAGAAGGAUGCCUUGGCAUGGUCUUCCAUGAUAGGUGGUCUGGCCAUUCAUGGACUUGGUGAAAGGGCUCUUGAAAUUUUCGCCCAAAUGAAAAGAUCAAAUCUUAGACCGAACUGUGUUACUUUCACAAGCGUGUUAUUUGCUUGCAGUCAUUCUGGAUUGCUCGAGGAGGGUAAGUUCCAUUUUGACAGCAUGUCAAGAAAGUAUGGAAUUGCUCCCCAGAUUGAGCAUUAUGGGUGCAUGGUGGAUUUGCUUUGCCGUGCUGGGCAAACGCAGGAAGCCUAUGACUUCAUCAUGAGCAUGCCGAUAAAGCCUAACGAAGUCCUUUGGCGGGCAUUGCUUAAUUGUUGCAGGAUCCAUGGAGAUGUUGAGCUCAGCAGUUGCAUAUCAAAGCAUCUCCUUGAGCUGGAUCCUCAUGGUGGUGAUAAUUAUGUGCUCGUUUCGAACGUAUAUGCUUCUUCAGGUAGAUGGUCUGAUGUAACUAGAGUGAGAGGGUUGAUGAAGAAAAGGAAGGCCGAAAAAGAGCACGGCUACAGCAUGAUAGAACUUAAUAACACUUUUCAUGAAUUUGUCAUGGGAGAUGAAUCCCACCCCCAUACUGCAGAGAUCUAUGAAAUGCUUGACAAGAUGAACGUGAAACUAAAGAGUGAGGGUUAUGUUGCUACCACAGCAGACGUGUUACAUGAUAUCGAUGAGGAAGAGAAGGAAAAUGCACUUGGCCUCCACAGCGAAAGGCUUGCCAUUGCCUUUGGCAUUCUUCAGACGUCUGAUAACCAGCCUCUUCGUGUUAUAAAAAAUCUUCGAGUCUGUGGUGACUGUCAUUCAGUGAUCAAACUCCUAUCUCGUGUUUACAGUAGAGUAAUUACAUUUCCACACAUUGGUGUUUCUAUUAGUAGCAGAAAACUUCCAAGUAAAAAGUUACAGAUAUCACAGUAUAUCCUGUUCAUUGGUCAUUGCCUUCCUUUCAUCAACAUGAUCAUUCUUGGGCUGCCUAUUUGGUUAGUUGAAGAAUUUGACCAAACAGUGCAGACUGGCAUAGUGAGUGGCAUUGGUGCCUUUACCUUGCAUCCACUUGCAUUCUGCAUUCAGGUUUCUACUGAUGAUCGAUUUGAAACCAAGAGCUGGGACACCAAGUCACUUGACUAA